AAACAACGAGUUAAAAUCAUCAUCAGCUUUCCGCUAAACUUGCAGUUGCAGAGAACUGUGUUAUUGCAGAUUUCAAUAGCAGUGAAGUCUGUUUAUAAGGUUGUAGUUCGUACUUCGUUGAGCUUGGAAGUGGGAAGUGGCGAGUGAAGUAUGGCUGAGACAAAAUCAGAAAUUAAACCCGCGGAAGAACAACAAAAUUUUGCUGUAGGUACAACAAAUGACCCUAAGAAUUUGCAAGAAUUGACACAAUAUAUCCAGAAUCUACUACAGCAAACACAAGAUAAAUUCCAGACCAUGUCUGAACAAAUCAUUACUAGAAUAGACGAAAUGGGAAAUCGCAUAGAUGACCUCGAGAAGAAUAUAUCUGAUCUAAUGACUCAAGCUGGAGUGGAAGGAGCUGAAAAAUAAAUUAGUUUAAUAUAAAUACACCAAUAUAUUUAAGCGCAACUGACUGUAUCAACUUUUUUUAUUUAUCGAAAUAAACAUUAAAAUGUUCGCUUUAAGUUCCAUUUAAAAAGAUGCAAGAUUUGUACAUAUAUGUGUGUUAUUAAAUAGAAUGUUUCUAUUGAUACUAUGAAUUGAUGCACUUGUGAUGUAUUAGUUGUAAAAUAAUAAAAUCACUUUUUUAUUACCUGA